UGACCUUUCCAAGAUGGACAUGAGUGCCUCUUUUAUUGCCUAACGUCUGACCGUAAAAUUCUGUCCUCUCAUCUCGGUCGUGUUAUUUCCCUCGCGAAAAAGUCACCCCCAAAAUCGCUGAGUUCCUCCUUUUAACCUCAAACGUCUCCCGAGUGUUGUGCAACCCCUCAUCGUCUAUCCUUCUGCAACGGACUUCCACCUCGAGGCAGAUGUAAUCGUCGUGUGCAUAUUUCGCAUCCAUCUCCUUACUUCGAAGCGUGGCACCGGGUCGACCUCCUCAUAGGGUUAUGUUUACAUCCUUUACAUCUCUGAUUCAUCCGCUCCAAAAAUCUCAGUGAAAAAAUUCUGGAAAGUGUUUAGGAAAAAUCGACCUGGUGUUUUUCUCGUGUGUUUUUCCCUUGCUAUUGCGCAUGAAAAAUAUUCCUGCCCUUGGCAAUAGCCUAUUUAACCGUCGUGGGCCGCCAGGGCGCGAUAAGUGGGUUCAACCACCCACCUGCGUGUGCGUAGUCAGGAGUGAGACGUCGCGACGGCCAGCGCACCGCAAAUUGCGUUCGUUCUAGUAAACAGGUGUACAUAACACGAAACACGCACUAAGUGCGACGUACCCGCCUCGUGGCGAUUCAGUGUCAUUAGUGCAAGUGGACUCCAGGAAAAACAAGUUUAAAAGUGUAUCGCGAAUCUGUGACUUUAAAAAAGUGUUUAUUCACGCUAAAAUAUAUAAUACACAGUCUCAAGUGAAUAUCGAGGAUUUCCUUGUGUAUUUACAUCAUCAGAAAAUCAAGUGGCGUUGUUUUCCUGGAACUGGAUAUACGUUGUUUUCCGGGAAAGUGUCGAUUUUUUCCUGAAAUAGUUCAAAUGUUGUGAUUGACUUGUCACAAUAGAUAUUGAAUAUAGUGAUAGAAUUAGUUAUUGGGAAACAGUGAACGGAGGAUAUAGUGAUUGGGAAAACUCAGAAGAAAAAAGUGUUGGGUUGUUUAGAAGGAUUUAGGCGUUCCUAACCUGCAAAAAAAACGGGAGCAUUUGAUUUCGAUCGCGGCAGUUGGGUUGGGGGUGGGACGCCCUUGGUGCAAUAUAAAGCAUUGAGUGCAGAUGCACUGGAGGUGGCGUGCGUGAGUUUAUGAGUACGAGUGCUUAUUUACUUUUACCCCACGACACGUGCGUCCGCAGCCCUCUGGACUCGGCAUCGCCCUUAGCUGCGCGGACGACGUCGCUUGUCGCUGUCUCUGGCGUUUCUGGGAAGAAGAGGCAAGAGGCCAGGAAUGGAACACGGCGGGCUCUGAACGUCCAUGUUUACUUUUCUCCUCGGGGGAACGAACGCACAGGGUUUAGUGAACGCAGCCCCAGACUUUUAGAAAAUUUUUCACCACGUUUUCGUCACCGCUCACCCUUGACAAUAUUCGACUCCGUCGUGGGUCGAGUUUCCGUGGAAGGACGAAUGUGACGCGCCUCUCCGGAGAAGUGCCGUGUAAAUGGUGCUUCCCACCGUAUGCGAAUCAGUGUCGUGGGGUGUUUGCAAAAACGGGUUUCUUAACCUCGACGGCGAUGUCCUCGAGCAGGAGCCUGGUCUCUCCUUUAGGAGGACCCAUCGUGCUCACUGGACAUCUCAGGAAGCUCAAGACUCUCAAGAAGAAGUUCUUUGUUCUUCGCGGCGAAGCGACCGGAUGUCCUGCGUGCCUAGAGUAUUACGAUAACAAAAAAAAGUUUGAGAACAGCCAACCACCGAAACGCAGUAUUUCUCUGCAUAGCUGUUUUAAUAUCAACAAACGCAGUGAUACCAAGCAGAAACAUGUUAUUGCCCUUUACACCAAGGACGAGUGUUUCUGCAUAGUCCUCGACAAUGAAAAGGAGAUGGCAGAUUGGCUUAAUGCAAUGUUGUUGCUGCAAAAUGGAGGUCAACCUGAUGGCGAACAACCACGUCCGACAUUUGAGCACGUGUGGCAAGUAACUAUGCAGAAAAAGGGUCUUGGUGAGCGUAAAAACAUCCACGGACCUUACAGAUUGUGUCUAACCGAUGCAGCCGUAACUUUUGUCAAAGUUGGCGCCAAACACAAAUCGGAUCUCAUCGAGUUCCCUCUGGUUUCGAUAAGACGAUGUGGGUUCAUGGACCGAAUCUUCUACAUGGAGAUGGGAAGAUCAGCAGUAACGGGCGGUGGAGAAUUUUGGAUGGAAGCUGAAGACAACAACAUUGCUCAUAAUAUGCAUGCUGCCAUUUUGAACGCCAUGACCAAUUCAAACGCAAAUAGGGACGAAGUAGGACCUCGUCAGAGGAUGCGAAGUUCCUCAGCGAAUGAGGCUAGUAAACCCAUAUCCGUUCUGCCCCGCCGGCACACGGGGCAAAAGCUCCUUGGCUUCUCGCCUCUGGAGGAACAGAGGACGCACAAGGAGCAGGUGGACUCGUUGCAACAACAGAACGCCACUGCCUCUGCCCCUUCACAGUGUAGUCAAUCACAGAGUACAUCCUCUUCCAAUACACUCACGGCGCCUGCCGGUUCCGGAACUGGGACUGCUGGGAUUGCCUCAACUAAUGCCAACAGUACCACUACGAGUAGGCGCCGCCACUCAGUAGCAAGUCAUCCCCAUUCCGCCAAUAAUUCCCAAUCCGCUCAUGUCAAUACUACAUCAUCAUCAACAACAACAACAACUACUACUACUACUACAACCACCACCGCAACCGCGACCACCACUACCACAACAAAUUCCCAUCAGAGAACCCUGUCGCUGCCCUUAGCUGCCGUUGCUAUCAAUCAAACGCAAUCAUCUAAAAGAUCCGUGUUACGCUGCACAAGCGGAAGGGAGAGAUGCGACAGUUUACCGUCGCGAGCUCGAACCACCAGUGAAGGGCAUCCAACACCUCCUGUCCUGGGACAUCCGAGAGCGAUUCAUCUUGGCCCGCACGCGCCAAGGCCGCAUUCCAUGUACGGUAGGGGAAUUUCCUAUUCCCCGCCGGUUACCUCGAUGCCCAUUAGUCCAGCUUCUGGGGCUUGCUCUACAGAUUCAGCAGGAUCAUCGCUCUCUAUGGAUGACGGUGUCAUCGAGAACAUCAUGGAGGAGGGCCUAACUCCAGCCAGAUACGGCCACUCCUUGACGCCUGAUGAGCCCGUCAUCCUCGAGGAGAAUGGCGAUGACUACGCACCUUGGCCGAGCAACCAGCAGAAAUAUUCGCCCAACUUCAAGUCCCAUUCUCCUUCGCAGAGUUCGUACGUGGAGAUGUACAGCCCUUGCGGAUCAAGUCCGAGUCGUGGUGGAGGAGCCUACAUGCCAAUGAGUCCAGCCACGACAGCUCAUUCGCAUUCUCGAGCCUCGUCGUUGGUCGAGGAGACGAGCACUCUUCCUCCGGAUGGUUACGUCCCAAUGGCACCCGCUGGAGACGACGGAUACGUCCAUAUGGAUCCAUCAAAUAGUCAAAAUGGCCACUUCCCGGACGACAUGUCGACACAUGGUGGCAGCAGCUGUUCAGUCACUUCGGGGACACCCAGUACGGAUCUGAGGUUUUCCGAGUAUCAUCUGGACAAAGUCACCAGCUUCCUGGCACCCGGUGAAGAUUUGCAGGCCAGGCAAACCCGAGCCUACUCAGUUGGAGCGAGGCCCGACCCUGCAACUAGGCAUCGCAAAAAUAGUAUCUUCCGUGACAGAUUCGACUUUGCUCUGCAAGAAGCGAGUAGAGUGCGUGCGUUUUCAGUGGGUAGUCGAUCAAAGAGGCCAGAGAUCGGAAGAUUGGCGAAUAUCGUAACCGCGCCUCUGCAGGCCGGCGUGGAAAAUUCGAAUGCGAAUAAAUCGAACUCGGCGCCGCUUUUGUCCAGCUCUUGGGGUCACACUUCCGGCUGCUCCACGAAUUCGGAGCGAAUGGAGGAUCUCAUGGAAUUGGACUUUACAAGGCCGCAUAUGCCGACCACUGUCGCUUCUCCACCCUCGUCUUAUUCCCAGUCACAAUCUGUCUCCACUGCCACCGACACAAGUUCAUAUGUCGAUAUGUCGCCUGGACAACAACAACAACAACCACCUGCCACGACCACCACCACUGCUCCUUACGUCGAUAUGAGUGGCGUUAACAAGACGGGAUCAUCGAUUAAUCGAAAUAACAAUAACAAUUCAACCACUGCCAAUCAUAAUCACAAUAAUGUUCUUCAGACGACGUUUAUACCUUCCCUGAAACCGGUGAUAACUACUUUAAAACCAGUCGAAGAAGCGGAGGCUCCUUACAUGAGGAUGGAUCCUGCUAUUGAUUAUUGGCUGAAACCUGAAACGAGUCCGAAAGAUGUCCCGUCGCCAAUGCAAGACGAUUACAUGCAAAUGAACGGACCACCUGGAGUAACGAGAACCGCUCCAGUGGAUCUUCCCCAACCGCGGCGACCUCCAGAAGGCUAUGUCGAGAUGUCUUUCAAAGUUCGUCCAAGUUUAGAGCAAGACUACAUAAACAUGAACAUGAAUAUGGGAGCGAAUGCACGCAGCCAGCGUCGAGCCCGGAAGAGCAACCGCAAGGACAAGGUCCGGUCGCAGCCAAUCGCUAUCCAAGCGGGAAGCAAGCCAACGAAAGCACCCAGCUUUCUUCCCCUCAACAAUAGUCCAACCUCCGAGAGUCUGGAAAGCACACCGGCCACUCCUCCACGAGCCACACCCACCGGAUCUUCAGCAACGAUAUUCCCCUUCUUCCUCAACAGUCCUCAAUCUCCCGAGAAACCUUUCUCUGCGAAGGAAGAAAACAGCAAGUCCUCGUCAAUCGGUGACGUCUCUUCCGCGAGCAGCGAUUAUGCAGUAAUGGUUCCCUCGAGGAAGAUUUCGGCUCCUAGUCCUCUCCCCGGGGUUGAUGACAAGACCCUCUCCAAAUUGGCAGACGUUAACACUCCCUCGAAACUCGUCGACGCAAAGUCCCCGUCGAAAGUCGUCGACGAGCAAUCUCCUAGUCCCAGAGAGACGAUUCGACCCGUCUCGAAUCCCCUUCUUCCCCAGGAAGUCGUUCUCGCUCCCCUGGUGAAGAGAACUAACGACCUGAGCCUGUCGAAGCCCCGUCUCGUCACGGCUUCGCCUACAGCCAGCCCGACGCCUCCUGGUUUCAAGCCUGUACAGUCGAAACCCUCGUCCCCGAAAUUGUUGGAUGAAACACCGACUCCAACACCGACGCCUACACCGACGUCAACGCCAACGCCAAGUCCCCUCGACAGUGAGGGCUACGAGAAGUUGCAGCCCGGUUCUGCGAUUCUUCACUACGCUAGCCUCGAUCUGCCGGAAGUCAGCGGGGCUCCACCCGUUUCGCCCAUUCCCGUUCAGGAAGGCUUCAAAUACGCGGAAAUUGACUUCGCGAAACUUAAACAGAACUAGGCUGUUUUCUAGAUUCUGUCGGGAAGCGUAGUCCAUUUUUAGGGACGAGACUAGCUAAACCGGGUCGUGGGUGACGAAAUUAGAGCUUGAAGCAUGGUGCUUUUAAAACGAAAUGGAGAAUAUAUGGAAGAAACUUUGAUAGAUUUUACGAAAGAAAAAAAUAAAGAAAAAUAAAGAUCUUAUGAAGGACAUGUUACAAACUGUUUCAAAUUAGAUCAAACCAGUCUGAAAUACGAUUCCCGCGAGUUCAAAACCGACAUUGAAUAUCUCACAAACAUGUGAUUUUGGAAAUGGGGAUAGAUCAUUUUUCCAUCUGAUGCCAAAAAUCAGGACUAGAAAGAUUAGCUCAAAUUAGGGAGUUUACAGCCGUUGAGAAUGCUGCGGAUCACACAUCCUUUGGCCCGCGUAUGUUAAUUUAACAAAUUUUUGAAUUAUUUGAGAGCUUCCUUUUAAAGUGUGAUUGCAUAUGUAGAAUAAUUCAAGAAUAAGUGAUAUUCGAAAGUGCACGUCAAGUUUUGAUAAGGAUUUUACAUUUUUUAACACGAUGACUGAACGAGGAAUUAUCUCCGGUCCAUAACACAAAUUUUCGUUUGAUCGGAAUCAAAGCGAAUUUAUCUGCCGAGCAUAGUUCCACAAGUUUGAAAAAAAAUUCCUUUAAAUUGUCCGCGUGCACUCUUCAAUCACUUAUUCUUGAAAUUAAUACUUCAAAAAAAUUUUAAACUCAAAAUUCGCGGGGAAAAGGUACUUGUGCUCGACAGGGUCUUCUCAAUGGCUGAAAACAACCUUAUUUUAAAAAGAGUGAUUUUAAAUUGUGCUUAAUGUAUAAAACCAAAAAUUCGAUUCAGAUUAUGCAAAGAAUAUGAAUAAUGUACUAUUGGAAUUGAAGUACAAAUUAUAACCUAUCUUUUAGGUUUACAUUUUUUAGAUUGUAAAUAUUCCAUACCUAAAUCAUAUACAAUUUACCUAUGAGUUCCCUAAAUAAGUUCGUUCAAGCUUUAGUUUUCGAUAAAGACUUAUUUUUAUUAUGCAAUGAUUGCCUUUAACUCCACAAAACAAUCGUAAAACCACUUUUAUGGACAAUUUAAAAUGCAUCGUUUAUACUCGACCUACUACAGAUCCUUUGAAUGAUUCUCGAAACCGGAUUUGUUACAGGCUGUUUAACGCGAUGAUUGUGGUCAGAACUUGCGGAAAUAAUUUUCGAAACAGUUUGAUACUAGAACGAAACAGAGAGUACAAAAUUUUCCUUUGCGACGUUAUAAAAAAAACAAAGGCAAAAUGUGAGAAGAGAUUAGUACAGUUGGCAAUACAAAUCACAGUAGAUAAAUAAUUAAUUAAAGAUGCUAGUUUAUAUAAAAUAAUUAGGUGAAAUUGUUAAUUAAUGAAGUCCUAUUGCGUUUUAUUUAUUUAUUAAUUUUGAAUAAUAAUUAUUUUUAAUUAAUUAUUAUCUAAUGUAAUUAGAUUUUUCCUAGCGAAAAAAGAAUUAUUGUUGUUUGAAGGGAGAAGUAUCUAGUGUACUGAAAAAUAUAGAUUACGCUUAAUAGAUUUUUAGCUUCAAAGUUGUUAAUUUAUUAAAUUCGUGUUGUUUUUUUGCUUUCUUCGUAUUAUUGAAUUUUAUGGAGGGCCUUGUUUUCUUUUUGCAUAGAAAUAUUUUCAAGCAUCUUUGAGAUUGUAUUGUAGUGUAAUAUGAUACAUUGUAUAGGAUUGUUUAAUGAUCUAAUGGAUCUCUAAGCGAUUGUUAAUUGGUUUAAUUUAUUUAAGUCUUAAAAAAGUCUUCGUUUCCAAUCAUCUCCACAGCUAAUCAGGAACGGUUUUUUGGCACUUUCGUGUAAAAGUGAUAUUUUUCUUGUUUCUCAAACUUAUUCUCAUAAUGAAAAUAAAUCGACGGACAUAUUACAUUUAAUUUAAUAAAUAUCUCUAAUUAAAAAAAGACAAUGCAUGAUUCAUGUGAAAUAUUGAAUGUUAAUAUUAAAAAGUCUAGUUAUCUGUGUGUUUUGUUUGUUUACUUGUUAAUCUAUUUAUGUUUAAAUACCACUUAUUGUUAUUAAAACGAAAAAGAAUGUAAAACAAAAAUUUGAAAUUUGAGAAACAAGAAUAAUUUUUUCCGAAUAAACUCAAAAAUGCGUACGAAAGCCAAAAAAAGUUUUACUGGAAGCUCUUCUUAUAUUUUAUCAUGUUGGGUUGCUUUUAAUUUGUAAUUACAAUUUAUUUGCGAGCAAAAGGUCGACGGACUUUUUUUGUAAAUGAAAUUCAUGGUAAAAUAUUUUCUGGUUUCCAACAAGAACAUUGAAUUUUCAACUGAGCAUGACAGAUUUAGUCACGUCACCCAAGACCUGGUUUCGUUUUAGGUCUAUUGUUUUGCACUUGCAGGUAUGUCGUCGGGUUUCGAUAUUGAUUUCGUCGGUAUGUUAGUUAAUGAGUAAUUAUUUAAUGUUUUUGUAUUUUGAGUACCGCGUCUAGGGGAGACACUUUAGGUUGAAAAUUGCAGCAUUGUCCGUCGGUGACUCGAGCUUUUAAGGUGAAAGAUAUUUGACUCUAAACGGCAUCAGAAUUCAAAAACAAAGUUGGACACUUAAACCAAAUUUAUUGAAUCGAAGAAAAAAAAAACGAUUUGAUAAAAU